GUGGUUUGAUGCUUGGGAAAUGCUAUUUUCUUCACUUUUUCAUUACUUUCGUGUUGGGGUUUAAUGUCGGUAUUACCCUGUAUAUUGCGGACCAGAAGCAAUUCCCAAGUGAACGUCAACGCUAAAGGAUAGUCGUCCACCGAAAUCAUCUGCCGAGGAUAUUUUUGCCCACAAUAUUAGGCCUUCAAGAACAGAAAAGAUAUCAAGAAACAUUGAGAAAGGAUUCAUUCAAUCAAAUUGCCUCCAUAUCACAACAACUGUAUGUCAGUGUCAAACACCGUACCUCCAUCCACCAAUCUUUGUGCUGCCCGGUGCACUAAGGGACGUGCCUCCCACAGUGCCCAGGUCUGCAGCAACGACCCUAUCCUGUGGUCUACGCAGAGGGCGCUUUUCAAACCUGAAGGCAGCCGACCUCUACUAUGGAGAUAACGCGAACACGGGAGCACUAUCGGUGCUCUUGCGUGCUCGUCCAGCUCCAGGUCCAACUCACCGUUUUUAUAUUCUGGAUCGCGCUAGCGCAUCCGUCUGGUGCCCUCUAUCUGGACUUCCGAUCAAACCACCAACUGGAUCAGGACUCUUCGAACGUCCCUCGAGACGAGCUGGGACACGAGACACUCUCUUGGGCGGUCAAGAUACAGCAUCAGACACACAGGAAAAAUGUGAACAGGACUCAUGUAGAUCUGCUAGCUGACGUAAUCGCAGAGGAUCUACGUCUGAAAAACUACGGGCAGGUCGGGGAACUGAUGGGGCAUUAUUUAUUCGCGGCAGAAAGCUACCAUGAAGCAUUAAAUGGCAGCAUGGAAAGAGACUUGGUGGGGAAGAUUCGCGGGAAAGCUGAGCGGGCCCUCGCGAGACAUCCAAUGAUUGAAUGGUUCAAUCAACAGACUAUACGAAGGAGAUUUAAGAGGUCGCUCGUUUUUACCGAUCCAUCAUAUCCAAAUCAAUGGCAUUUACACAACUCAAAGAAUGCUGGUAUGGACAUUAAUGUAACAGGCAUAUGGGAGCACAACAUCACGGGGCUGGGGGUCACCGUGGCGGUCAUCGAUGAUGGGUUGGAGUGGACUAAUGAAGACAUUGCAGAAAAUUAUUGUGCAGAAGGUAGUUGGGAUCUGAACUCCAACGAUGACAAUCCUGCCCCAGAGAUGAGGAUAAAGGACGGGAAACAGUCUCAGAAUCGUCACGGUACGCGCUGCGCCGGGGAGAUCGGUGCGGCUCGUAACAACGUCUGUGGGGUGGGUGUCUCCUUCAGCUCCAGAGUAUCAGGUAUUCGAUUGCUAGACGGUCCCAUGACGGAUAGCCUAGAAGCAACAGCUUUCAACAAAUUUAUGUACAUCAAUGAUAUCUACAGUUGCAGUUGGGGUCCAGAUGACGAUGGGAAGACGGUAGAUGGACCACACACUUUAGCAAAAGCAGCUCUGCAACACGGCGUCACGUACGGGAGGAGGGGGCGUGGCAGCAUCUUUGUGGUUGCUAGCGGCAACGGAGGCAAGAACGGAGACAACUGCAACUAUGAUGGCUAUGCCAACUCAAUGUAUACAGUAACAAUUGGUGCUGUAGAUGAGAAGGGUCAGAUGCCCUUUUAUGCUGAGGAGUGCUCCUCUCUGUUUGCUGUCACCUUCAGCAGUGGAUCACGUCCUCAAAGAAACAUUCUCACCACUGAUUGGACAUUGGGCCCUGGAACGGGCUGUACCAAUACGCAUACAGGGACAUCAGCUGCGGCCCCCCUCGCUGCAGGCAUGAUCAGUCUAAUGUUAGAAGCUAAACCUUGUCUUUCAUGGAGGGAUGUCCAACACAUCAUAGUUUACUCAGCCUUGAAGAUUGACCAGAAGAAAGGAGAAUGGACGGUGAACGCUGCUGGCUUCCAUCACAGCCACAAGCAUGGCUUUGGGGUUCUCAAGGCGUGGCGACUGGUCAACGCUGCUAAGGUGUGGCCUUCCGUCCCUUGGUUGACCUCUGUGGUGUCGCCGACCCUCAAGGUCCAUAGGGGAAUCCCCACUUCGCAGGCCGGAAGCCAACUCAUGGUCGAGUAUGAAGUGACUAACUCCACAGCGCGAGUCAACGAGCUCUCAACACUAGAACAUGUACUUAUCACCGUCUCCCUAGCCCACACCAUGAGGGGCAAACUCAAGAUAGAACUCAUCUGUCCUAGCGGCACCAGGUCUGUCAUAGGGGCUAGGAGAAAGAAAGACAAUUCUAGAGAUGGUCUCAAAAACUGGACCUUCUCAACCGUACGUUGCUGGGGAGAGGAUCCUGUAGGCGUCUGGCAACUCAUUAUUACAGACUUCAGUACUGGUGGUGGUGGUGUUCUAGAGGAGUGGACGCUAGCUGUCUAUGGCUCUAACAUGAAACCACAGGAUGUAGAACAGAGAAAAGCGGUGGUAGCGGAGUCUUACGGUGGUGAAUUCUUGGAUACCAACCUCACAGAGCCAUGCUCUUUCUAUUGGGCUGCAACUAUAGAGGAAGAAACAUACCUUUCCAUGAAAACCAUCAAGUUCUUGCUGUUGAUUAGCGCCUUUGCCACGGUACUGGCCCUCUACUACUCCUUGGAGCAGGCCUUCUGCACGGACGAGGAGAAGCGAAACCAUGCCACCAAGCUGGGCCUGGAGAAACCCUCGGGAGGGCACCCAGGGGAGAACCAGGAACUCCUAGAAGAGCAGAACAUUCCAAUGGAGGAUUUAACCUGCGACCUGACCUCGGUUGACCUGCAGGAAGUGACCGCCGACACGGGUCAAGGGUUGGCGGUGGAUGCGAUGUACACAUGUAGAGUGCCUGUGGUGUGUAUAGAGAGGGAUGAGGAGGACUUUGGUGAGGAGCUUGGAAGGUCGAGGGUCACCGGGGAGGGGUACUUAACUAAUGUGCAAUCAGGAGUGUGUUCAGACAGUAAAAACUUAUUAACUGAUCCUGCAAGAAAUGAAUGCGUUAGUGUUCAGCCGGCGGGAACUUAUAUACAAAGGACAGGCAUAGAUUCGCUACCUUACACUCCGCCUCAUAAGAGUGUAGAGACUUCAGACUUUCCGCAUUGUUCUGCUUCACAAAAGAACGUUUCGCUAGAAAUCCAAGCAGCUGCGUCCCAGUUGGCCAGGCUGGAUGAAGUGCCUGUGAAUCGACCAAUCACGUCUCACGAUACAGAUGUCCAGCCACUCAUUCAAACCACAUGUACAGAACAAUCAACUCUAUUGGUCAAUUCCAUCGAAGCAUCUUCCAUUCAGCCAACCAAAUUGCCAGAAACAUUGCAUUCAAACUUUGACGUAGAAUCAGGGAAUGAGAUUACAGCGCCCUCAAUGUUUACUAGUGAUUCAACUGACUCCGCACCUCACCAUACACUCUCUUCCGAAAAAUUUGUAGACCUUGAAGAUGUUCCGCUUGUUCAUUUAGCCGACGGCAUCAAAGAGCUAGCAAAUACAAAGGAGCUUCUCAAUGAGCGUGCAAUUGUGUUAGAUAAAUCCCAAGGAUAUCCAUUAGAAUGGGACGUUCUUACGAGCUCCGCCCUGGACGAUUGGACCACACCCACUUUUGAUGCAUUCCAACCCGUUUCCACGGAUACAGCAACGAACGAAGGUGAUGAAAUCGUUUCCGGCGUCCAAGGAGUUGAUGUCCGAUGUCAAACGCCUCCGUUUUUGUCCCAUUGACGAGGAAUGUGAAGUUUCUCAGUGCCAUUCUGCAUGGUGAGUCAGCGCGUCUUCAAGGGGCCUGGAAAGUAACCGUACUUACUACCCGUAAUAGACGAGGAAUUCAGUCUGUUUCUACGGAAGCGCCUUGAAUCCAUCUAUUCAUGCAGAAAACAUAAUCUACCCGCGCACACUAGAUGUCUGCAAAGUGAUCGGUUACCGCGUGCAGUGAUGCAGUGUGUCAAUGUGACCUUAAACGCCAACGUUGACGGAAACGUUCUAUUCUAUUAAUGGUGUAAAAUAAAGUGUUAAUUUAUGCCCUUUGCCAAUAUAGCCUCGGUCAGAUAUGGGGCUGUAAAAUACCUUGAGAAAGUGACACCGUACAGUGCAGAAACAUAACCAUUGUACACCUAUGUGAAUUGCAGUCGAGGGCGGAAUAGCCACGUGCAACAUCCCUGAAGUGUACUUAUCUGUGUGUUAGGAGCGAUAGAAAUUGUUUCUCCGGCUCUCAUUGAGGCUAUUUAACAUGUCAUAUGUUUACAAGGCUAACACGUGUCAUUUUAAACUUUUGACCAUCCCAGCUGUGUACACUCCCAUCUCAUUUUUGCAACAUUUUUUUAAAGCUUCAAAAACGUUCUUGCCUUAUUUGUGAUUGGUAGGUUUGAUCUGAAAAUCAUUUUACCUUAAAUUAUUGCGAUGUUUUCUACCUUUUAUCGUUGUGGAUUAAUCUGAAAGUGCUGCUUUCUUUGUUUCUGUGUGUUCCAUUUAUGCUUCAAUGUCUUAGUGAUUUCAUACGAUAAUGCUACUUUUUUUGAGUCUGUCGGUGCCAACCCUUUACGUAAAUAAGUGAACCACAUGUUAGGCAUUUUUUUUAAUCAGUGCUUUUAUAAUAUUGUUGCUUUUUUUAAAUGAGAAAGAGCUUCCUAUACCCCGCCCCCCCCCAAAAAAAAGAUAUAAAUAAAUAAUAAAAAUAUAAAUAGAUUGUAGGGCUCCUCACCAACUUCUUGACAUACAUAGAAAGCCAAGCUCUUUUUAUAAGAAGUUUUACAUGUAAGUGAUCCAUCAUUCCAAGGAGUUAUUACACAAAAAAACUGCUCUUAACUGCUCUCACGUUUUUCGAAGGCAACUUUUUUAUUUACAAAUUUUAAAAAAAAAAAAAAAAUCCUUGUGAUGGUAGUGCAAGCCAGGUUUAAUCUUGCAUUUUUAAAUUUUUUUUGUAUUAAUUUCAGAACAGUGGAUAAUGUAUUUUAUAUUAUAUUUAUGUAUUUUAUAUUAUCGCUUGAUAUCAAAAUGUUAAAAUGCUGUAGUAGAUUUGAGUAAAUGUAAUGCAAUUUAGAAGUAUGUAAUUUAAAUCCAUUUUCCUUUUUAUUCUGAUGCAAAGUCAUUUUAGGAAGUGGGAUUCUAUAAUAAGUAUUUUUUUAAAACAAAUCAAACUGGCAUAAUUUCUCAUAUUUAUUAGCCAAGUUUUUAGUCUUUAAUUUUUGGAUUAAACUGAACCCAGUUUUUGUUAAAGUCGAUUAUGAAUUUGGUUUGAAUAAGUAUGAUAAGAAAAAAAAAGAUUUAAAAAUAUUUGCUCAAUAUUAUGUAGGUCUGUAUUUGGUGAUCUGUGCAAGAAAAUGAAAUAUGUCAAGCUGAAGUUGUUUAAUUUAUAAAGCAGCUUACAAUAGUUUAAAUCCUAGGUCUGGUAAAAACCUGUAUUAAUGGGAACAUCAUGAAAUAGUCACAGCUUUCUCUAUGGCAAGAAGUUAUAUGAGGGGUUUCAAGUUUGCAAUUCAGGGCUGAUUCAAUGCAAAACCAUGACAACGGUGUACUCAAACAUGAAAAAGUACAAUCAUGAUUGAAAUUACAUGUGUUUUUAUCAUUUGAGUUUCUUUGUUAUGGGAAUACGAUGAAAAGAGCUCUUUCUCUGGCAAGAAGUUAUAUGAGGGGUUUCAGGUUUGCAAUUCAGGGCUGAUUCAAUGCAAAACCAUGACAACAGUGUACUAGAACAUGAAAAAGUACAAUCAUGAUAGAAAUUACAUGUGUUUUUAUCAUUUGAGUUUCUCUGUUAUUGGAAUACGAUGCUCUUUCUCUGGCAAGAAGUUAAUUGAGGGGUUAAAGGUUUGCAAUUCAGGGCUGAUUCAAUGCAAAACCAUGACAACAGUGUACUCGGAACAAGAAAAAUACAAUCAUGAUUUAAAUUACAUGUGUUUUUAUCAUUUGAGUUUCUUUGUUAUUGGAAUACUAUGGAAAAGCUUUUUCUCUGGCAAGAAGUUCUUGAGGGGUUUCAGGUUUGCAAUUUAGAGCUGAUUCAAUGCAAAACCAUGACAACAAUUUACUAGAACAUGAAAAAGUACAAUCAUGAUUGAAAUCACAUUUGUUGUUAUCAUUUGAGUUGCUUUGUUAUUGGAAUACGAUGGAAAAAGCUCUUUCUCUGGCAAGAAGUUAUUUUAGGGUUUACAAGUUUGCAAUUGAGGGCUGAUUCAAUGCAAAACCAUGGAAACAGUGUACUAGAACAUGAAACAUACGAUCAUGAUAGAAAUUACAUGUGUUUUUAUCACUUGAGUUUCUUUGUUAUUUUUAUAGAAGAUAAGUUAUUUCAUGUGAUAUAUUGAUGAUUUUAUGAUUCUAAAAUGAACUUGCCAAGCAUAAAAGCUGUUUUAUUAGGUGGAGGUGAAUGAACUUUCCGUCUAAUGAUAGUUCAUUGCUAUUCAUUUAUGAAGGUUAGGUCCAAGAUGUUGGAUCAACUGAUGUCCCAUACACUCCCAAGUAUUACAGUAUUAUCAACACAAAUUGAUGCCAAAAAUACAAUUUGCUUGAUAUUUGGCCUGCUGAGCUCCCAAGCCCUAGGUGUUUCACUGGUCAAUGGCCUCCUAAUCGGGAGGUCCUGGGUUCAAAACCAAGUUGAUGUGCUUAGUGCCCUUUGAUAAGAAAUUGAUCCUCAUUAACAAGUUCCUUGGAUAGGACUUCAAACUGUAGGUCCCCCUGUUGCUUAUUUACACACAUAUACAUGCCCAAGAAAAAGGAGAGACAGAGAGUUAAUCUUUUCUUCGUUAGGAAACGAUUAGAUGCAGGUCAGAUCACACUGAGAAUGAUAACAAUAAUGAGAGUUUUAAUUGCAGGUACAUUGUCCACCCUAUAGUGCCCCUGCUAUUAACGUACAAGGAAAAAACACGUACAUGACACAAUAGGGUGGUCCGGACCUUUAACUAAAAAUGUACUAUUUGACAUCCAUGACAUCUUACCAGUAUUUUAUAUUCAGAAAAUAAUUAAACAAUUGAUGUUCUUGCCAUUUCUUCCAAUUAGUUGUCGAAAUAUCUGGUUUAUUCAGGAGGGUUAGAUUAAAUGAUGUGUUAGUCUCCACUUGUUAAAUGAAAUAUACUGCCCCAAAAUUCUUUUUGAUAUGACAUUUAGAGAAAAAAAAAAAUCAAUUUCUUAAUUUUUGCUCUCUUUUUCUUCCUGCCCGUCUCUGUUGCGUACUUUUGCAGGAGAAAUUUUAUGUAGAAAUGCAUUUUCAAUUUUUUUUUAAUUUAGUAGAUUACUAUAAAUAUUAGUUGUUUGAACUUGUUAGAUAGAUAUGAACAUGAUGCUAGAUAUCAAGAGUUCAUUAUUAUGUAAUAGUUGUCAGAGGAAAGGUGGAAAACAUUAGUUUUCUGUGUGUUUCUCACUAGAUAGCAAGUCUAGCUUGUAGUACUUUUGUAAAUUUUUAUUUUCAAUUCAUUCCUUGUCUAAAAAAUCUCUCCCCACUGAUAAAAGUGAAAAGCCCUGAUCAUUUCUGCAAAUAUUUCGCAUAUGCACUGUAUUAAAGCAAUUUUACUUUUUCACUGUUGAUAUUAGGGGGGCAGUACGACACUAAUCAUGAGCCGUAAUGAUGUUGUAUUCCCCUAUGUGCCCUGUUCAUGUAUGCAUCAACAAUGGGAGAUAUUCAUUCAGAUUUGGAAGUGCCGCCUUGCAUUGUGGUUAUGCAAUGUGCAUUGUGGCCGAGGGUCAAGGGUCAGACCCUUAACUCAAUGCUAAGUAUGACUUUGCAAGCCAUAAAUGUUACGGUUAACUUUUCAAAUACCGUUCUGCUAAGUAUUGGUAGUAAUACCACAUUCUUCUAAACUAAAAAGCCGCCAAAUUGCCUUAAAACAACAGGAAGCAUGAUGCCGCAUUUUCUUUGUUAAUUUGUUCAUGCAGUAUCUCCUGCUAUCGAAAGCACAUCUGUAGAACAACAUCAACACGUUGGGCUAUUUUGUUUCUCAGUGUCAAAUGUAAACAGGACAUAUUAAUAUUAUAAUGCAGCAGAAAUGAAACAAAAUUCAAUCUUUUUUUCUUUGUUGUUUCUUUAUUUCAUGCUCAUCACAUUAUUGAAGGCUUGCAUGCAUAUUUAGUUAAUGUGGUAGAUCUAUUUUGAUCUCUGUUUUUUCGUCUCAAAAUAUCAUCUGUUGAAGGCUAGAAGGACAUUAACUCUGUGUUCAAAUAUACAGGUCACUGCACUCUGUCUCCAGGCCAAUGAUAUCUCCCUUAAUUGCAAGCCUCCUUUUCUUUCUGUGUGUGCCAUUUUAUAACCUAAAUGAUACCAAACAAAUAAACUUGUGCCUCUAA